AUGUACCUGAUCACUGUGUUUGGCAACCUGCUCAUCAUCCUGGCCAUCAGCUGUGACUCCCACCUCCACACCCCCAUGUACUUCUUCCUGGCCAACCUGUCCUUUAUAGACAUCUGCUUCACCUCCACCACCGUCCCGAAGAUGCUCUGGAACAUCCAGACUCAGAGCAAAGUCAUAACCUAUGCAAGCUGCAUCACACAAAUGAACUUUUUCAUAACCUUUGCAGGGAUGGACGACUUUCUCCUGAGUGUUAUGGCCUAUGACAGGUUUGUGGCCAUCUGUCACCCCCUGCACUACACGGUCAUCAUGAACCCCCGGCUCUGUGGACUCCUGGUUUUGAUGUCCUGGCUGUCGGUUGUCUCCUUAUUUUAUUGUGCAAGCCUAGGAGUGUACCUCAGCUCUGCUGUUACCCAGAGCUCCCACUCAAGUGCCACAGCCUCGGUGAUGUACACGGUGGUCACGCCCAUGCUGAACCCCUUCAUCUACAGCCUGAGGAACAGAGACAUAAAGAGGGCUCUGAAAAGAAUACUUGGGAUUCAGACUCCACCUGAUGAUGUGGACUCUAACAUUGUUCCAUUUAAGCCUCAAGCUAUUGACACACCACUCUGGCUAGGAAUGCCCAAGUACUCACCCGUGCCCAUGUGCUUUCCAGACUCCCACAGACCUUUCCCAGACCACAGCCUAUGCCUUGGCCGCACCAGCCCUUGGGUUCUUAUUGUGAUGGCAGGACACACGAUCAUCUUCUUGCUAAUCAAACAGUGGUCCGCAGACUCAGACCUGCACUUCAGCAUCACCCAGGAGCUUGGAGAAAUGCAGAAUCUCCAAGAUUUUGCACUUGUAGUGGGAUCCGUGUGGAUUCACGGGCACAGUGAAGUUGGAGACAUGCUGGUCUAG